GUUUCUUCCAACCGAACACGGACGUUAACCAGGGCGGGACGAACGACAUUGUUUCCUUCGCCGGGGAGCAAGUGGACGGCAAAACUUCUUUGCUGUUCCGAAGGAAGGUGGACACGGGGGACCAAUUCGAUCGCGUCAUCAAAGACAAGAACCAGGACGUCGUCUUCGCAUACGGCUCCACAGACUCUUUGCCGCCGGGAGGCCACGGGCCCUGCUGCAGGGGCAAGGGCAAAGUCAACCUCAUGUCCAGAGGCGCAGGGGGAGGCGGAGGGGAACCACCGGAAAUGGACAAAGAGCACAGCGAGACGGGGACACCGGCCAAGCCGAACAGAAGGCUGAUACUCGCCCACGCCUGGAUCCAAACCGUCAGUUGGGCAGUACUGGCCGUCAUGGGGCUCGUGAUGUCUCGCCUGGCCAGGCAUUGGAAGUACUGGAGGCACCUGCACGUGGGUUUCGAGGUGUCCGCCACGGCGCUGUCGUUCCUGGGGGAGAUGGUGGCGUUCGGAUACUCCCAG